AUGUCCGCGCCCGCGCGCUGCCCGCUCGCGGCGACCGCGACGGGGAGGAAACUCGAGCGCGCCGCCGCCGCGGCCGCGGCGGCGGCGCGCGCGCGCGGUCGUCGACGCCGCCGCCGCGCGCAUCCUCCGCGCCCGCGCUGGACCACCGCCGUUGCCGCCGCGUCGUCGCCGUCGCCGUCGCCGCCGUCGGACGACGACGACGACGACAUCCCGGUGCUCGACGCCGCGGGCGUCCACGCGCGGCUCGCGUCGCGGACGCACGACGCGGCGAAGGACACGUUCGCGGCGUUUUACUCCUCGUGGACCGGGUGCAUCACGACCGACCCGGCCGCGAUUGUCCUCCCGUUCGACGACCACAUGGUCCACCGCGGGCACGGCGUCUUCGACACCGCGCACCUCGAGAACGGCGCGCUGCACCUCCUGGACCGGCACCUCGCGAGGUUUAAGAGGUCGAUGGCGGCGGCGCGCGUGCCGCCGCCGUUCGGGGACGGGGACGGGGAUGGGGACGACUGCGCGGAAAAGAUGAAGGCCAUCAUCCUCCGCGUCGCCGCCGCGUCCGGGGUGAGAGAUCACGGGCAGGUUCGGUACUACGCCUCCGCGGGUCCGGGCGGGUUCGCGCUGUCGCGCGAGGAGUGCGUGCGAAGCGUGUUUUACGUCGUCGUCGUGAGGAAAAAGAGACGCGCGGGCGCGGGUGAAAAACCGAAACGGUUGAGGGUCGUGACGACUCCGAUACCGAUGAAACCCGGCGUCUUCGCGACGACGAAGACGACCAACUACCUCCCGAACGCGCUCGUCGUCGCGGACGCGAUCGAUAAGCGCGCGGACGUCGGUUUGUGGGUCACGGAGAACGGGUUCGUGGGCGAGGGGCCGUCGAUGAACGUCGCGUUUUUGGUUCCAGCCGACGACGCCGGCGGCGGCGGCGGCGGCGACGAAGAGGAUGAAACGGUCUGCGGGGAAGCGUUUAAAACCAACAAAAAAUGGAAGCUGGUGUCUCCGCCGACGUCGAACAUCCUCGCCGGGUGCACGGUCGCGCGCGUCGCGGAGCUCGUGAACGACGCGAAAGUCUUGGAACACCUGAACGUCGCCGCGUUUGAGUUUCGAGACGUCGGCGUCGAGGAAGGGAAACGCGCGCGAGAGACGAUGCUGAUCGGGUCGGUGAUUCACGUGGCGCCCGUGGUGGAAUGGGACGGCGAGGCGGUGGGGGAUGAAACGACGACGGAAACGCCGAUAGCGGAUGCGUUACACGCCGCGGUCGUGCGCGACAUCGCGACGAACGUCCCGGAGCUCACGCCCGUGCCGUACGAGCUCUACGAAUAGGCGGGUGGGUGGUGGUGGAUCAGCGAGCAAACUGAACGAAAUCGCGAAACCUCA